UCCCGCAGCAACAGGGAAGAUGGCAGCUCUCACAUCUCUCACCCAGUUGUCAAGCGGGAACCCUGUAUAUGAGAACUUUUACAGACAGGUGGAUCCAGGGAAUACAGGGAGAGUAGGACCAACAGAAGCUGCCUUGUUCCUUAAGAAGUCCGGACUGCCUGACAUUACACUUGGAAAGAUUUGGGAUUUGGCAGAUCCUGAUGGAAAAGGCUAUCUGGACAAACAGGGGUUUUACGUCGCUCUGCGGCUGGUGGCAUGUGCUCAGAGUGGACAGGAAGUCAGCCUGUCCAGCCUCAACCCCACUAUCCCUCCUCCCAAGUUUAAGGACACCAGUAGUCCGUCUAUGUGCACCACAGCUUCUGCCUCCUCUGAAUUACAUUGGGCUGUCAGGCCAGAGGAGAAGAGUAAAUUUGAUGGAAUCUUUGAAAGUUUGGCUCCAGUGAAUGGCCUGCUGUCAGGAGAGAAAGUCAAACCAGUCCUCAUCAAUUCCAAGCUACCUCUGGAUGUCCUUGGGAAGGUUUGGGACCUGAGUGACAUAGAUAAAGAUGGCCAUCUGGACAAAGAUGAGUUUGCAGUGGCUAUGCACCUUGUGUACCGUGCCCUGGAGAAGGAGCCUGUUCCUGCACUCCUCCCUUCUUCCCUCAUCCCUCUAUCUAAGAGGAAGAAGAGUAUGGGCUCUGUCGCCAGUUCUGUUCCUGGACUACCUGCCAGCCCUCCACCACCAAAAGAUUCACUACGCUCCACACCCUCCCACGGCAGCAUGAACUCACUCAACAGCACCGGCAGCCUGUCACCCAAACACACACUCAAGUCUGGACAGCAUUUGGUGAACUGGGUGGUGCCAUUGUCAGACCGUGGUCGCUAUGACGAUAUCUUCCUGAAGACUGAUGCUGACUUGGAUGGUUUUGUCAGUGGACUGGAAGUAAAGGACAUCUUCAUGCAUUCUGGACUUUCUCAGAAUGUCCUUGCCCAUAUAUGGGCUUUGGCAGACACAAGGCAGAUAGGCAAGCUGACCAGGGAACAGUUUGCUCUUGCUAUGCAUUUCAUCCAGCAGAAAGUCAGCAAGGGCAUAGACCCUCCACAGACCCUGACUGCGGAAAUGAUACCUCCCUCUGAGAGAGGCACUCCAGUACCAAGUAUGUCAGGAUACAUGACCCCAGUGGGAUCAGAGAUGGCUGCGCUCUCUGAUAUGAGAAGGGACAGCUCCAGCUCAGUGGGAUCAGGGGAGUUCACUGGCAUCAAGGAGUUGGAUGACAUCAGCCAGGAAAUAACCCAGUUGCAGAGGGAGAAGUACAACCUUGAGCAGGACAUCAGGGAGACAGAGGAGGCCAUCAGAUAUAAGAGUGCAGAGGUGCAGGAGAUGCAGAAUGACCUAGACCGAGAGACAGCCAGCCUGCAAGAGCUUGAUGCUCAGAAACAAGACGCCCAAGAACGCCUGGAGGAGAUGGACCAGCAGAAACAUAAAUUAGAAGACAUGCUGAACGAAGUCCGAAUUAAGUGCCAGGAAGAGUCUCAGAUGAUCUCCUCGCUCCAGAGUCAGAUCCACUCCCAGGAGUCAGACUUGCAGAGCCAGGAGGAAGAACUGAGCCGGGCAAAGGCCGACUUAGGCCGAUUGCAACAGGAGGAGAUACAGCUGGAGCAGAGCCUGGCUGCUGGUAAGAUCCAGCUGGAGACCAUCAUCAAGUCACUUAAGGCCACGCAGGAUGAGAUCAACCAGGCUCGCAGUAAAUUGUCACAGAUCCAGGACAGUCAACAGGAGGUGUCUAAAAGCAUCGAGCAGUACAACAGCACCUUGAAUGGAACCCAUGGAGGCAGUAUGACUAACCUGGCAGACAUGAGUGAGGGCUUCAGUGACAGAGAAAAUGGAGGAUUCCCAGCCAUGGUGAGAGCAGCACAGGAGGAUCCUUUCAAAUUGAAGCCAUCCGUGUUCAACAGCCAGCCUCAGGAGCUUCCCACUGACCCCUUCCACUCUGAAGACCCCUUCAUAACAGACCCAUUUAAAGGUGACCCUUUCCAAAAUGACCCUUUUGCAAAGCAGCCACCAACGUCCACAGAUCCAUUUGGAGGGGACCCGUUCAAAGAGACAGAUCCAUUCAAAGCUUCAUCAGAAGAUUUCUUCAAGAAGACCACAAAGAUCGACCCCUUCUCCACAACAGACCCCUUCAAUAAAAGUGCCACAUUACCUUCAAAAGUACUUGUCAAUCAAAAUCAAGCCAGUCACUUCACAAGCAAUGACCCAUUCUCAUCAAGUAACCCAAAGCCCAGAGGAGCAGACCUAUUUGGCGCAUUGGACCCGUUUGGCAGCAGUUCAUUCAGCAGCAGCAGUAACAGCUCAGCUGGAUUUGCAGACUUCAGCCAUAUGUCGAAGCCCAGAGACCCUUUUGAAGGCAGAGCCAGCUGGCUGCCAGACUACCAGAAGUCAGUGUUUGUGGACGACCAGUUCAACAGAAAGAGUGACACACCAGCUUUGCCACCAAAGAAAAGUGUUCCCCCAAGACCGAAACCCCCUAGUGGUAAGAGCACACCAGUGAGCAUGUCUGGCACAGCCGACCCUUCCAAACCGGGUGACCCCUUCCAGCCGUUCGGCAGCGACAUCAUUGAUCCAUUUCAGAGUAAAAAGGGCUUGGGAGACCCGUUCAGUGGCAAAGACCCUUUUGCUCCAUCCUCAUCAAGACCUGAAAAAGUUAAGUUUGGGAAUGAGGCUCAGCAGUUGGAGUGGGCUAAGAGAGAGAGUGAGCGAGCAGAGCGCGAGCGACUGAAGAGGCUCAGACAGCAGGAGCAGGAGGACCUGGAGCUGGCCAUCGCCCUCAGCAAGGCAGAGAUGUCCAACGCAUGACCCGCUACACAUAGACAGACAGUGCGUAGACAGGCUAACAAACAGACAACAUGACUGACAUCUACAUGACUGACACCUGCACCCCCACUAUUUACAUUCUCAAAUACUCAAUGACUCAAUAAAUGAGGAGCAGAAAGACCUUCAUGGCAAGUCUUGCCACUGACCCUGAGUAAAAAAAAAAAGAGAAGACAACUAAACUGUGGUCCCGAGAAUCAUCACUGCAAAACUCCUGCUGACAUGAAGAGACAGAAUACUGAAGGAGAGAAGGAGGAGCAGGUACUGUGUAUAAGCACUAUGGUUGCCGGACACUGUUGGAUACACUCACUGGCCUGAGCAGAUAAGAAAAGCAUACCCAACACAUCACAUUGGCAGUUUGCAUUUGUGCAUUUGUGGUUUUUCUUCUCCACCUUCUCUCACAGUGGUUUAAAAUAUGGCAAACAGGCUCACAAUACUGCUGCUUCCGUUCUUACAAGCAGCAGUGAAGAAAAAUCACAGCACAAUUCUUACUGCCAUGGUUCAGAGGAUUUCUUUGGACAUACAUACAUGGACAUAUCACUGAUUCUCACUUAGUAUUCAGUGUUGGGUUGUUUUGCUGGUAUGAACUGCUAUAGAAUGACGUUUUGCAAAAGUAUAUGUGAUUAUAGAGGCAUAUGGAGAAGACUGAAUCUGGAUUUUCACUCCUCAGGAUUAAGGAUUUUCACCUCAGUACAGUUUUCUCUCCCUGUUUUUCCCUCAGGAAACACUCACUGAUCCAGACUCAGAUGAGUUUUAUUAGUUAUUAGUUAUUAUUAUUCUUUUCACUCCAGUACAUGCUAAAGCAGGCAAAUUGAAAUUGAAAAUCAUCUUCUCAUCUGUCUCUGGGUUCAAUGAAGCAUAUUUCUCAGAAUAUUGAGUUUCAUUUUAUUUUGAUCCCACACCAGGGGUGAUUAGUGUCUGAGAAUCUGGCCCCUGGUCCACACCCUCCGCUUCUUUCUUCCAGGUCAGACUUAAUCAUUGAUAACAUUAUUAACCAACAAUAGAGGGAUAUGUUCACAUUUCACGUUUGUGACAUUAUUGGAGCAAAAAACUGAUACAUCCAUUUUACAGAUUCCCUCUAAUGUCCCUGGUACCUGGCAGGUUGAAGUAAGAGUUCUAAUGAUUGACAGUGAGAAAUUGUACAGAUAUAUUUUCUUUGUCCAGGAGUGUGAGAUAGUUUUGUGGAGAGUUUUAUGUGAUGACUUUGGGAACUCUCUCCCCUUCUGUCAAAGUGUAUAUAGACCAACAGAGCUAACUAUGCCUCUACUCUAAUCCUGCUGUGACAUACACCACAUUCAAGAAAGGCAACAUGAGGGAAUAAUUUUUUCUACAUUUGACCUUGUUUUAUAGAAAGCGAGGGAUUUUAACACAGGUUUUAUUUCUUAUUAUUCUGUUAACAUGUUUUUGUUUUAAAAGAACAUCACAUUUCUUGUUUUGUGACAUAAUUUGCUGUUGAGUUGAAGUCACUCUAGAGCUAUUAAGAUUGUUUGUAAAAGUCUUUAAGUUGCUGACAUCAGGUGUCAUUAGGCUGGAAACUGGAAAUAUGUGAAAAGGUUUGUGACGUAUCAUAGCUUAGUGUUCUAACAUGGACUGAACCACUCACCUUGUUUUGCUGUGAGCUACUUAAAGCAAAAACUGAUGUUUGAGUGAGACACUGACUUUCUAUUUCACUCAGAGCCGCUGUGUUGUAGUUUCAUGUCAUGUUUUAUAUAUGUUUCCUUAUUCUGUGUGUCCAUGAUCAAUCACACUCUUACUGUUUUGCCAUGUGCAUGUCCUGCAGUCAGGUCCUGCUCAGAGCCCACAUGUUCUCCCCAUCAUCACUUUAAGGGAUGAGUUUUUUAGUUAAACUUGGUUGUCAUGGGAAGAAAAGUAUUUCAUUACUAUAUUGAUACAACUGUAGCAGGAGCAUUAUACAAUGCUGAAUAUCUCCUGAUAGAACCUGAACAUUUCAGUCGUUCCUAGAAGUUACAAGAAGAAUUCUGAAAAUACAAAGUACUCUUAACAACUUGGAAUUUUUUUUGAAGUGAAUAUAUAUUGUUCUCUUUAGUACAAUCUCAUAUAGUGUCCAGACACUAUAUAGAUUCCUGUUUGCCAGGAUAAAAGCCUGUGUCAUGAUUUUAUUUCUAAUUUAACCCAAACCUCAGUUAAUCCAGUUUUUCAUAUUGGGCUGUCUAAUUUGCAUGUGUUUUUAUGAUGUUUGGCCAUUAUAAGAGUAGUGUAUAUUUUCAGAAUUUUUCCCAUAACGAAUUUAUGAAUAUGUUUUACCAAAAAUGUUCUAUGUUCCUUAAAAUUGGAUGUGAUGCCUAAUAUGAUGGUCCUGGGUCAGGGCUUGCUCUUUGUGAAAUGGCAAAAAGCUGAAUCUUUGGUCGAACCAAGGUAGAAUGUAAACUCAGUCCUUUGUAUUGGGGUACAGCAACCUGUGACGAAGGCUUUGCAUUGACUGGUACAAGUUAUAUCUGCUUCCCCAAUCACCACAUUGAGGAGAUCAAUACACAUUGCCCCCCCCCCCCUUAUUAUACAUGUCUGUAACAAUGUGUCUGCUGGAAACGCAUAAUGUGAAUUCACCCACAUUGGAGUUGAAUGCUGGUCAAGUUGAAGUUGAUGUGCAGCCACUGGUUCUGCCACAGUGGGAACUGCCUCUCCCUGCCAUUUUCUUUGUCAUGUUUACAUAUCCUUAAUAUUUACUUUGCUGUAGCUGUUACAAACUGUCGGAAGAGUGACCCUGGUAUUAAAUAAGCCUCUCCAUCUAAGCUGUGUACAGCUAACACCUCUGUUGGCCUUCCAUCUACUGCUGAGUCAUAAGGCAUUCGCUAGCUUUUCAAAUGCUUGCCAUGCUCCUGCCACACGGCUGUGGAAAGGUCACUAUAUGAGCGACUGUGUUCAUAUAUCAUUGUCUGUUUUCAGUUCUCACAGAAAGCAAAUUGUGCUGUUUGUAGUUUUUUAAAAGAGUCACCUCCUGCUUUAUUCUUUUGUCCCUACUUAGGACUUAAAUGUUAAAAAUGUCAUUAGUGUUACAUUUCAUGAUGUGCUCGUAGUUGUUAGCUAAGUUAACCAUUAGUUUAAAAUGGAAUUUCAACACUAGCAAAGUCUUUUUUUAGUUAACUGAAGGGCCGUCAGCUUUUUCACAACGAUGUAACAGACAACUUGUGCAGCAAAAAUAACAAGACUGUCUUUGAGUGUCCAUUUAAAUAUCUUUUAUAUGACACAUCAGCCAGAUGUUUCAGCUGCCACAGGAAAGCUAACCCUUGAUGACACUUGUAAUGACCAAUCUAUCAUUUUCAAUAGAUUUGUGUGUGUCUAUAAGUGUGUCCCACAGGGUGCUCAAGGAGGAGGUUUGGGCAACCUGAUAUUAUUGCUGUCAUUUAAAUAGAUCUGCUCCAUAAUGACAUGCUGUGGUCAUAAUUGUUUUUAAGAUAUAAACAGAAGCUUUGAUGAAGCAUAGAAAGUGACAGUGGUCCUGUUGCCUUCAGUAGCUCUCAGAAUCGGGACAACUUGCUAUGUUUUUCUGGAGCUUGUGUGAAGGUUGAUGGCUCAGUUGUGUAAAAUCCCUCAGAUGAAACCAGGAACUAUUUGAUCAAAGAGUAAUCUAAGACCCUGAUCAUAUAUCUGAUGAAAAACUCUUCCUACUUGAAAGUUACUGCCAGUUUUCAGAUCCAAACCGUCCUCAUACUUGAUACUGACUCAUAGUGUGAUCUCUGUCCUUCAUGUGUUUCUGUCCUUGUCCCUCUGACCUCAGCCUGUCUGCUGUGUGCUGCUUAGACUGGAGAGCUCCAUAGUGGUACCCUGAUCCAUACUGUGUUUUUCAUCCUACUCCUCCAUUGUGCAAUAGAUGAUGUUUAUUUUGGUUGUGUUGUGCAUCCUUCGAAAGCAGUCUGAUGAUUUUUAUA